CCGGCCCGCGUGCCCGAGCCCAACCGCCGCCGCGCCCGGCUUCUCCCGAGGGCUCGGGGCGCGCGCCGGGAACCGCCCCUCCUGCGGGACGGGGACCCCCGAGGGCUCGGGGACGCGCGCCGGGGCCCCUCCCUGAGGGAUCAGGGCCCCCUCUGCCGGCUCGGGGCGCGCGCGGCGGGGCCCCCCUUCCGAGGGCUCGGCACCCCCAUGCGGGACUCGGGACCACCUCGAGAGCUCGGGGGGCGCGCGCCGAGACGUCCCCACGCCUGAGGGCUCGGGAGCGCGCGGCGGGGCACUUCAUGCGGCCUCGGGAGCGCGCGCCGUGUCCCUCCCCCGCCCCCCGCUCGGGCGCGCGCCCCGACGCCCUGACCCGGACGCGCGCCGAGCGUCCUCCGCGGCCUCGUUUUCACAGGAGGCGGUCGAGGGGUCAGCGCGGGGAGAAGCAGUUUGGCCGUGGCGCUGUCCUGCCGCCGGACCCCAAGCCCCCCAGCCGGGGCGGGCUCAAACACACAGUCAGAGCCGCUGGCGUCCCCGCUGAGAGGACGGGCCCGGCGGAAAGACCCCGGGGCCCCCUCAGCCCGAGCGCGCCGCCCAGCCGACCCCGGUUCUCCCUCCGGAACCACCUGCGCGCGGGCGGCGCGGCCGGGGGCGCCGGGACCCAGACGGACCGAGCGCCGGAAGUGACGCCAGCUGGCCCGCCCGGCGUCGGCGCUCCCAUGGCGCACAUCACCAUCAACCAGUACCUGCAGCAGGAGCUAGUUGGGGCAAAUGGCUCUCGGGUCUCCCAGCCCCUACCCCACGGUCCGCGUAGUCAGCUGGCGUGGUGUGGCACGGGCCCUCGUUCUUUCCUCCGCUUACAUGUUGUAUACGAAGCCAUCGACACCAGAGAUGGAGCAUCUUGUGCAGAGUUGGUGUCUUUUAAACAUCCUCAUGUUGCAAACCCACGACUCCAAAUGGCCUCUCCAGAGGAGAAGUGUCAACAGGUCUUGGAACCCCCUUACGAUGAAAUGUUUGCCGCCCAUUUAAGGUGCACAUACGCAGUGGGGAACCAUGACUUCAUAGAGGCAUACAAGUGCCAGACCGUGAUCGUCCAGUCGUUCUUGCGAGCAUUCCAGGCGCACAAAGAAGAAAACUGGGCCCUGCCUGUCAUGUAUGCAGUUGCGCUUGACCUUCGAGUGUUUGCCAACAAUGCAGAUCAGCAGUUGGUAAAGAAAGGAAAAAGCAAAGUUGGGGACAUGUUAGAGAAAGCAGCAGAAUUACUGAUGAGCUGUUUCCGGGUCUGUGCCAGCGACACCCGCGCUGGUAUCGAGGACUCGAAGAAGUGGGGUAUGCUGUUCCUGGUGAAUCAGCUGUUUAAAAUCUACUUCAAGAUCAACAAACUCCAUUUAUGUAAACCCCUAAUUAGAGCAAUUGACAGCUCAAACCUGAAAGACGAUUACAGCACUGCACAGAGAGUCACAUACAAAUACUACGUUGGACGCAAGGCCAUGUUUGACAGUGACUUUAAGCAAGCUGAAGAGUACCUGUCGUUUGCCUUUGAGCAUUGCCACCGUUCCAGUCAGAAGAACAAAAGGAUGAUUCUCAUCUAUUUGCUUCCAGUAAAAAUGCUAUUGGGUCACAUGCCCACUGUUGAGCUUCUGAAAAAGUAUCACCUGAUGCAGUUUGCAGAAGUCACCAGAGCUGUGAGCGAGGGCAACCUGCUGCUGCUGCAUGAGGCGCUGGCGAAGCACGAGGCCUUCUUCAUUCGCUGUGGGAUCUUCCUCAUCCUCGAGAAGCUGAAGAUCAUCACCUACAGGAACCUCUUUAAAAAAGUCUAUUUGUUACUGAAAACACACCAGCUGUCUCUGGAUGCUUUUCUGGUUGCCUUGAAAUUCAUGCAGGUGGAGGACGUGGACAUUGACGAAGUCCAGUGCAUUCUGGCUAACUUGAUAUACAUGGGUCACAUCAAAGGCUACAUAUCGCAUCAGCAUCAGAAGCUCGUGGUCAGCAAGCAAAACCCGUUUCCUCCGCUGUCCACGGUGUGUUGAAUGUACACGUAGCCCUGAGGAUGGGGGGCAGUUGUUUCCGUUUUGGUUGUGCUGAUGAGACCCCCCGGCACUGCGACGAGGCUCUCUGAAGCUGGAACUCUUGGAGGCGCUUUUCCCAGGGACGCUGAGGCUGAGUGUUUCAGCACACCUGACUCAGUCUCCUCCUUCAUGUGUAACUAAUUUCAGCCUCAUGAAAACCUGGAAUUUCCUUUUUCACAAAACUCAGCUGGUUCUGGAGUCUUUGUGAAACUUCUCUGAAGGAGGCUUUGUGUGAAGGCAGCUCCGACUCACUUCUCCUAAUCGUGGUUCCUGAAGACUGUCUUUGUGACUUUUUUGUACAAGAAGGGUAUUCUGAAUUUAUACACAUGGCAUGUUCUUCAUUGUAUCUUCCAGGAUUCAUCUAUUUUUAUAUAUUAAAUUUGAAUAUUUUAUGCCAUCAAAGUGAUUGGUUAACUUAAGGCAUCUUUUUAAAAGGAGAACUUAAUUUGAUUUAAAUUUUCCAGAUUUUAUAGCUUGCCCGUAUGGAUGCUCCUCAAUUUAUGAUGGGGUUACAUCCCAAUAAACUUAUUUUAUUUGCUUUU